UCCAGAUGCGCGAUGGUCAGGCCAUCGGAAGGCGGUGGGCUUCUGAUAGUCGGCUGGCUUCUGGCGCUGCGCUCCGUCGGCGCCCAGCUGGAUCCCGAUUACGGAUGUCCGCCUCAGGAGAGGAUACUGCCGUGCAGGUGUUCGACGCGCGACAUGGAGGUGCAGAUAUGGUGUAGCCACAGCGAGUUGCCGAAGGUACUGGAGGGUCUCAAGGCGGUAAGCCAUUACAUGGACCGACCAGUUGAUGAGUUGAUUCUGGAGAACAACAAUCUGCCGAGUCUACCCGGCAAAGUGUUCGCGUCCCUGCGCGUCUUACGCCUGAUGCUUCGGAACAACCGUCUCGAGAGGGUGUCGUCCGGCUGGCUGGAGGGUCUGCACGACUCGUUGCUGGAGCUCUUCAUCGUCGAGCCGGACCUACGGUCCUUGCCAGUGGACAGUCUGGAGAACCUGCAGGGUCUCGAGGCGGUGACGCUGCAGAGCCGCGUGAUGAAGCGGCUGCCGAGGUUCUCCAGCCUGCCGAAGCUCAGAUACCUGCAGAUCAACUCGCCGGCCUUGCUGGAGCUCGCGUCCAGAAACUUCCGGGAUAUUCCCAGUCUGGAGCAGCUGCACGUGUUCGGCAGCCCGAGGCUGACCAGGCUGGAAGCCGGUCUCCUGCGGGCUCUUCCGCGGCUGGAGCUGAUCAACGUCACCGACUCCGGCAUCCACUGGAUCCACCCGCGGGCGGCGAUCGAUCUGCCGGAGCUGAAGGAGAUCUCGCUGGUAGGGAACGCGAUAAUCGACGCCGCCAUGGUCGGUCGUGCCUGCGUGGAUCUGCCGUCGCUGUCGGUGAUACGUCUCGACCGCAACCGCAUCAAUCGCCUCGACGAGGGCUCGUUCGUCGACCUGCCGGUGUUAUCGCGCCUCUACCUGUCGCGCAAUCACAUCACGGAGAUAUUCGCCGGCGCGCUCCAGCGCGUGCCGCUCCUCAAGUCGGUGGACUUGAAUCACAACCUGAUUCACCGUAUCCAUCCGGAGUUCUUCUCGCGCCGUACGGGGAAUAUCCUGGAGGAGGUGUGGCUGAUCAAUAAUGACCUGAGCCACGUGGCCGAGAUACGGUCGGUGCUCGAGGCGUUGCCGAGGUUGAAGUUCCUAGACGCCAGUCACAAUCAGCUGGAGGAGAUACCGUUCGGCGCUCUGAGGGGCCAUCCCACUUUGGAGAGGCUGCAUCUGAACCACAACCGACUGGCGUUCCUGCAGAGGGAAACGUUCACGGCGAUGCCGGCACUCAGGGAGCUCCGGCUGAAGAACAAUUCCCUGUCGAACCUGUUGGAGGCUCCCUUCUGGAACUUGCCGGCCUUGAAGGGCCUGGAUCUCUCGGAGAACUACUUCCGCCACAUAGAGCCGCACUUGUUGAGCAACUUGCCGAAUCUCAGGCGGCUGGAUCUCAGCGGCAACGCGAUCAGCCUCAUCGAGCCCGAGUCCUUCCUCAACACACCGGCGUUGGAGCACGUCAACGUGUCGGGCAACGCCUUAUCCGUCCUUCAUCCUCUCACAUUCCGCCACCUGACGAACCUGUAUGAGCUGGACAUCGGUUGGAAUCGCAUGCUUGAGGUGGUGCCCGGUCUGCCGAAGGACAUCGAGCACCUCCACAUGCCGAUGAAUCGCAUCGUCUCCUUGCCGGUGGUGUCCUCGCAGGAUUUGGCGCUGCCCGCACUGCGAUCGCUAGACUUCAGCGCGAACGGCAUCGAGAGAAUUCCGCCUGGCACUUUGGCCGACCUGCCGAACCUGAGGAGACUGAAUCUGGGCUACAACGCGCUGCGGCUCCUCGACGAUGGCGUCUUCGACGGGCUCUCCCGGUUGGAACAGUUGGAUCUGAGGUACAAUCGACUGGUCACGUUGCACGGACGAAGUUUCCGGCCGCUCAAAUCGUUGAUGGACGUGAACCUGCGGGGCAAUCGCGUGGAGGUCCUCCGGCCGGACAUCUUUCAGGAGAACGUGCGGCUGCAGAGGGUCGACUUCAGUAGGAAUAAUCUCGCCCAAAUUCCACACGCCACCUUCGCCAACACCAGAGACCUUCGUGAACUGUACGCGUCGCACAAUACUUUGACCGAGUUACCCGGAUCGCUGCACGGCUUAACAGCUCUGCGGGUCCUCGACUUGAGCUUCAACAAGCUGAACAUCCUAUCGCCGGAAACGCUGAGUAGCCUGUCGUCCUUGCUGGAAUUGAAGCUGGUCAGAAACCGUAUACGAGAGCUGCGGGAAGGCGCGUUCGACGGUUUACCGCGGCUGUCCCUGAUCGAUCUCGAGAACAAUGAUCUCCGGGUGAUCGAAAGAAACGCGAUCAGGGCGUUACCGGAGCUGCAGGCCGUCAGACUCGGCAAAAAUCGGCUGCAGUCCAUCCCCAGCGGCGCUUUCACCGAGCUGCCGUUGCUGCAGAGCGCAGAACUCCAGGAAAAUCACAUCCAGGAAAUCGCCGCUAGUGCCUUCAUUAACGUGCCACAUCUGCUCUUCCUUAAUCUAAGUCACAAUCAUCUGCCGGGACUGGAGUACGUUGGUCUGGAGAGCCUUCGUUCGUUGGAGGUCCUUGAUCUCAGCCACAAUCGACUGUCCAGAGUCUCCAGCGACAGCCUAGCGGCGAUGGAAUGGUUGGUCGAACUGAAGAUGGACAACAAUCGCAUUUGCGCAGUGCACGGCUCACCUUUCGACGACAUGCCAAGGCUGCGUGUAUUGAGUCUGCGGAGCAACCGCAUGACUGCGGUUUCCGAGAGCGCCUUCAAAAGGUUAAGAUCCAACAUCGCCGUAUUGGACAUCGACGGAAACCCGUUGUCCUGCUCUUGCAGUAUGCUCUGGCUGCGAGGAUGGCUGCAACAAGCUUCCACGGAGGGUCCCAGAUGCGCCGACGGUUCUCUCUUCAGGGAGCUCCGAUUGUCGCGUCAGGACUGCCAGCGUGAGAGAUACGUGGAACCGGUUCAUCCAGGAUGCGAGACUGAAAUGAUUAACGUUGCCACACCGUCGGUUUCUUCGUCCGCGUUUGGAGUCACCGAGACGGUUCCGCUCUGGAUGAACCUGAAGGACUCAUCGACGCAGAAGUCGUCCGUUUCCCAUGACUCGGACUAUUUCUACGAGUAUUUAGAUUAUCAGCAGGAGAACACGAGCGCGUCUCCGUCGUCCGGCGUGUCGACCGUCAGUGUGCCCACCCAGACCGUGAAGAUCAUCCAGCCGCACCAGAGCCAACAGAAGAACGCGACGUCGCCGGUGAAGAAGCACCCGGCGAUGCCGCCGUCGCCCAGCAGCUCCGGCUUCACCUUCUUCGGCGUGCCGUUACCGAGUCUGAAUUUCAACCUGUGGGGACACUCGGGCAGGAAGGCCGAGAGGAAGGAGUCCCCGUCGUCCGGCAGGCCCGGUCGCGGACGUUAUCGGUUUUUCCCGCCCACGGAACCCGAGAUUCACCGGGGCGGCUUCGUGCCCUUGCCGCGCGCUCAGAGCGGGUUCGUGCCGAUCGCAGAUCCCAGGUUGACGUAUGAGAAACGCGCGAAGCACGAGAACACCACGAGGCCGUUGAACGCGAGCAGCACCGUCGUGCAGGAGGGCCGCGGUCGGAAAAGCGGCAACAGCACCGUGACCAAGGUGGAGAAGAUCAGCGUCCUCAGAGCCACCAAUAAAUCGCGGACGGAGCUUCGGGAGAGGGAGGAAUUGUCGACCUCGUCAACGUUGGAUCGGUCGGCCGGGUUGAUGAGCUCCUUCGAGUCCCGCCGAAUCUCGACCGACGCCAGCAAAAACAGCUCUAGCGCACCGAAUACGACGAAAAAUAUGGGGCCGAUAAUCGUGGGGGAGACGUCGCAGGAGGCUCACGAGACGUCGGUGCCCACUGAGAUUUACGACGGCGAGAGUCUGGAAGCGAGCACGGAAGACGUUAAAUUCAUCGAGAAGCCGCAGAUGGAAGCCGCCAGCAGGAUAAUCUGGACUACGCCGAAAACGACGACGACGACGACGGACUCGAGGAAGGUAACGACCGUCAAGGAAACCGUAACGGCGACGAUGGAGGUAGCACCGCCGAGAGGAAGCAGUACCGCGAAGUGGGAUCUGGAAGUUUCGGAAUACGAAGGAGACUCCGGCCGCUUCAGCAGCACAACCGAUUUUUAUGACGAAGGCGACUCGACAAAGACGGACACGCCGCUUCCGCGUUUCUCAGUGUCCGUGACGACUCCGACGUUGAGUCGUCCCAAGGAAAUCACGACGAUACCGCAAACCUCCCGAGGUACGGAAGCGUCCGCCUUGUCCGCGUUUCUGGUGCCGGGCGGGCAAGUGUCGUCCUCCGGGUCGACGGUAAAUCUUCGUCCGCUCGGUAGGCCCACGAUCACCAAGGUCGCCUCGCCGCACCUUGACCGCAAUCUCGGCGAGCAGUCGAGGGAAAGGCAGAAAUUCGUCGCGGGCGCUACUCUGAGGAACACCGAGGUCGCCGACGACACUACUUUGAGCCAGAACGAGGCGUUCGUCGUCGACGAGGAGGCCCGAGUGACGGACGACAGCGACUCUCCCUUCAACUGGUACUUCCAGCACUACAACGACACGAACCUGGAGCCUUAUGUGGGCGUAGUUUACAGCGGUGUCGCGAAGAUCGACGCCUGUCGAUGGCUACUCUUGCUCGCUCUGAGCGUCCUGGCGUAAAGGAUGCUCGGAACUCGUUGCGGGAUCCGUCGUUUUCCCGUUUCCUCCCCGUCUCGAGGGCAACGGUAACGAAGCGCAGAGACGGUGCUCGGUUUUGCCGGUCGGAUUUGUCGCCGGGUCUUGUGAGAGAUGAUGAAAUACACCGCAACGAAGUCUGUGUGAGAGAUGAUAAAAUACACGCAACGAAAUCUGUCAAUGAAUACUCUUAUGUAUGUGAGCGUCCCAAGUAAUUACACGUGUACAGACAUGCUAUAACGACGAACGACGUAUACAGUUGCACGAUACGUUAUCCCGCCCGAGAAUCAUCGGGAAUUAACGUUGCAGGUAUGUACAAAGAUCGCGCGCACGUGUACUCGCGUUUUUAUAUUUCCCUCUUUUUUUUCCUUUUGCUAAAGUAUAUAUAUAUAUAUAUAUAUAUAUAUAUAAAAUACAUACAUAAAUAGAGAAGCAUUUGUAUAUUAACGGUAGAUAAAUAAAGCGAUAUAAGUAAACGGUCAUUUUAUUAUCAGUGUGAUGCGUUCUUCUUCACGGGCAGAGAGGGAGGCUCGAGUCUCCGAAAGAAAAUAUAUUCUCCAUGUUCCUCUUUGUAUCAUGCGUGCUGUUACUC